AUUUCCAUUGCCAUUGUAUUUGUCAAUAGUCUUUCUUUUGUCAAAUGUCAAUGGCUAAAAUAUUAGUAACACCACCAACUUUUUUGGUGUUGUCCAUCUUAUUAAUCUUCAUUACUUUCUCACAAGCAACUCCACCAACCUUUGAUUGGGUUCAAAAAGAAUACCUCAAGGCUCACAAUGAUCUAAGAAGUAGUGUUGGUGUUCCUCCUUUGCAAUGGGAUGAGAAAUUAGCCGCUUACGCAUAUGAUUGGGCAACUCAACGAAGGGAGGAUUGUAAUUACAGGGAACAUUCGACCGGGCCAUACGGAGAGAACAUCUUCUGGCAACUUUACGUAGAGACACCAGCAACUGGUAUUGUAAAAAAAUGGUUCGAUGAAAAGAAGAAUUUUGAUGAGGUAAAGAAUGUUUGCAAAUGCCAGCCAGAAAUAGAAGGAUGUGAAUGUGGCCAUUAUUUAAAUAUUGUAUGGAAGACUACAACAAAAGUUGGAUGUAGUGGCAAUGUUUAUUGCAAGAACCAAAAGGGUCUUUAUAUUGUAUGCUCAUAUGAUCCUAUUGGGAAUUAUAAAGGUGUUAAUCCUUUAAAUCCUGGUAAUAAUUCAACAAGUAGUUAA